AUGGGAAAUACUUGUUGUUCACAAGAUGUAAUAUGUAUUAUUGAGUAUUUAAUUUAAGCUAAUACUCCUGAAAUUGAAAUUAGACCAAAAGAGCUCAAUAAUAAUGAUAAGUAAUUAAGCACUUAAGCAACAAGUAAAACAAUGUUCCUAUUUUUAACUUUAGAGAAGUCUACCUAUCUGAAACUCAGCCCAGAUCUCUUUAUACAUAUGAAGAGAGAGGAUAUUUUUAGUCAAUAUUCAAUAGGCAAAGCUCUUGGAGAAGGUACUAUUAAGUUAGAUUUUCUUAGGUGCUUAUGGUUAAGUGUCAUUAGUAACCAAUAAAAGAACUGGUAAACAAUUAUAUUUUAUUAUGUUAGAAAUUGUUAGAGCAAUGAAGGCAAUAAAAAAAGAUUGUUUAUUCGAAGAAGAAGAAUAAAGAUUAUUUUAAGAGAUGCACAUUUUAAAGAACCUUGAUCAUCCAAAUAUUGUUAAGCUUUGUGAAUUAUUCUAAGAUGAAAAGUGUUAUUAUCUUAUAACUGAGUACCAAAUAUCCUUUUAUAUUAGAUAUCUUAAUGGAGGUGAGUUAUUCGAUCGAAUACAAAAAGCCAAAACAUUCAGCGAAAGAGAUGCAGCUAAUAUCAUGAAACAAAUAUUAUCUGCUGUUGCUUAUUGUCAUACUAAAUAAAUUGUACAUAGAGAUCUUAAACCUGAAAAUAUCAUUUUUACUUCUACUGAUGAUGAUGCCUAAUUAAAAAUCAUUGAUUUUGGAACUUCUAGAAGAUUUGAAUAAGAUAAAAAGAUGACCAAAAGACUUGGAACAGUAAUUUAUUAAUCUCAUCAUAGCCCUAUUAUAUAGCUCCUGAAGUACUUCUUAAAAAAUAUAAUGAAAAAUGUGAUGUAUGGUCAUGUGGAGUCAUUUUGUAUAUUUUAUUAGCUGGUUAUCCUCCUUUCUAUGGUAAAAAGGAUAUUGAUAUUUAUUAAAAGAUAGUAAAAGCUAAUGUACCAUUUUAUAGUAUUACAUAUUUAUAUUAAAUAUAUAGCUGAAGAAUGGUCUAAAGUAAGUGAUUAAGCAAAAUCAUUAAUUUUAAAAAUGCUUUGUAAAGAUGCAGAAUAAAGAAUAAGUGCAAAAGAUGCCUUAGAUGAUCCUUGGAUGAUAGAACAUAAUUAAACUAAUUUAGUUGAUUAAUAAUUCUUAAAAAAUCUAUCAGAAUUUAGUGCAAAAAGUAAAUUAAAAUAAGCACUUCUAACUUUUAUGGCAUGUUAAAUGAUUUAAUAACAUGAAGUAGAAGAUUUACAAAAAUUAUUUAAAGAAUUAGAUACUAAUAGUGAUGGAACAGUAUCAAAGGAUGAAUUAAAGAAAGCAUUUUAAGAUAAAAUAAUGAAUAAAGAUUAUUUUGUUGAAUCCAUUGAAGAAAAGAUAGAAAAUCUGAUUUAAUAAAUAGAUAUUAAUUAAUCUGGUAAAAUAGAUUAUACUGAAUUUAUAAUUGCAAGUUUAUAACAAUAACGUUUAAUAACAGAAGAGAAGAUCAAAUAAACAUUUAAAAUAUUAGAUAUUGUAUUUAAAUAUUUCAUAUAUUAUUUAAGGAUGGAGAUAAAUAUAUAUCAAAAGCAGAAUUUUAAAGAGCAAUGGAAGGAGUAGAUGAUGUUAUAUGGGGUGAAUUUUUAGAAGAAUGUGAUGAUGAUAAAGAUGGUAAAAUUUCGGAAGCAGAAUUUAUUUAAAUAAUAUUGAAAAAAAUAUGA